CCGGUACAAGUUUACGGAGUUCCGCGCCCGCUUCCAGCGUGCUGUGCGAAUGGUCGCCUGGGCGACGGAGCAGGCUGCGGCGUGUUUAGGUAGGCCUAGCAGGCUGGAGCCAUGGACAUAGACGCCGAGAGAGAGAAAAUAACACAGGAGAUCCAGGAACUCGAAAGGAUCUUGUAUCCUGGAUCCUCCAGCGCCCACUUGGAGAUCUCUGAAUCCAGUCUCAGUUCGGACUGUGAAGCAGACUCCGUGCCGGAUGAGGAUGUAGGGACUGCCGCUGGCUCCCCUAUCCUGGAAGAAGAAAGGUGGAGUGAUUCCAGCAAUGAAGAGGAGGGCCCCAAGGAUAAAGCUCUUCCUCAAGACCCUGAGACCUGUCUGCAGCUAAACAUGGUCUACCAGGAGGUGAUCCGGGAGAAACUGGCAGAGGUUAGCCAGUUGCUAGCUCAGAACCAGGAGCAGCAGGAGGAGAUCGUGUUUGAUCUGGCUGGGAGUAAAUGCCCCAAGGUGAAGGACGGCAAAAGCCUGCCCUCAUACAUGUUCAUAGGCCACUUCAUGAAGCCAUACUUCAAGGACAAGGUCACUGGAUUGGGGCCUCCUGCCAAUGAAGACACACGAGAGAAAGCUGCCCAGGGAAUCAAGGCCUUUGAACAGCUCUUGGUGACCAAGUGGAAGCACUGGGAGAAAGAAUUGCUCAGGAAGUCUGUAGUGAGCGACCGCCUGCAACGCCUGCUUCAGCCCAAGUUGCUGAAGCUUGAAUACUUACAUGAAAAGCAGAGCCGAGUUUCCAGUGAGUUGGAGAGGCAGGCCCUGGAGAAGCAGGUUAAGGAAGCAGAGAAGGAGAUUGAGGACAUCAACCAGCUCCCAGAGGAAACUUUGCUGGGGAACCGGCUGGACAGCCACGACUGGGAGAAGAUUUCUAACAUUAAUUUUGAAGGAGGCCGCAGUGCAGAGGAGAUCCAGAAGUUCUGGCAGAGUUCUGAGCACCCGAGCAUCAACAAGCAAGAAUGGAACCCAGAGGAAGUAGAGCGGCUGAAGGCCAUUGCCGCCAAACAUGGCCACCUGGAGUGGCAUUUGAUUGCAGAGGAACUAGGGACAAGCCGCAGCGCCUUCCAGUGCCUGCAGAAAUUCCAGCAGUACAAUAAAGCCCUGAAACGCAAGGAGUGGACAGAGGAGGAGGACCACAUGCUCACUCAGCUGGUCCAGGAGAUGCGUGUAGGGAACCAUAUCCCAUACCGCAGGAUUGUCUACUUCAUGGAAGGGAGAGACUCCAUGCAGCUGAUCUACCGUUGGACCAAGAGCUUAGAUCCCAGCCUGAAAAGGGGAUUCUGGGCCCCAGAAGAAGAUGCUAAGUUGCUUCAAGCUGUUGCCAAGUAUGGGGCGCAGGACUGGUUUAAAAUCCGGGAAGAGGUGCCAGGUAGGAGCGAUGCCCAGUGCAGAGACCGCUACAUCCGACGACUGCACUUCAGCCUGAAGAAGGGACGAUGGAAUGCGAAAGAAGAACAGCAGCUGAUCCAGCUCAUAGAAAAAUACGGUGUGGGUCACUGGGCAAGAAUAGCUUCUGAACUGCCCCAUCGGUCAGGCUCUCAGUGUCUGAGCAAGUGGAAAAUCUUGGCCAAGAAGAAGAAGCAUCUCCGAAGGAGGAGAAGGCGGAAACCCCUUCACAGUAGCCAGUGGAGUUCUAGCACCAGCAGCAGCAGCAACAGCAGCGGCAGUGAGGGCUACGGUGGUGGCAGCAGCAGCAGCAGCAGUGAAGACUCAGAUGUUGAGCUGGAGAAGUCUCUGGAGAAUGACAGAGCACUGGGUCCUCCACAGUACAGAGUGCCAGACAUUAACCAGUGGGUUCCGACCAGCCUGUUCACCAGCCAGUCAGAGAGAGACGGGACAGGGUGCUACCCAGUACACCCUGCUGUCACCUCCUACACUCUCGAUGCUACUCCAGGUCACCACAAGGAAAGUUCCAUCACAGUCUCCACUCCUGAGAGAAGCCAGGUGCAGGUGCCCCGUGGGACCCAUAGCACUCUUCCAAGAGGGGUCCAGUUCCUCCACUUACCGGACGCUCACCUAGCAAGCUUGAAAGACACAGCCUGCAAGGUGGGCCCCAAUCAUGUGUUGAAAGUGCCCCUAGAGAAAAUGCUGAAGUUGACCAGGACUCGCCCAGCCACCCAGAGCCACACACUGGUGAAGGAAAGACUGAGGCAACCACCUUUGCCUAAUUCACGCUCAGGAUCUGACCCUGACCCUGGUGACAGUACAGCUGGGCCCCACCUGCAGCGGCUGUGGCAUAGAACUUUCCAGAAUCAGCAGAGACGCAAGAGACAGGCUCUGCACCGCAGGCUCCUUAAGCACAGGCUUCUGCUGGCUGUGAUACCCUGGAUUGGUGAUAUCAACCUGUCCUGCACGAAAGCUCCCCGGAGACCUGCAACAGUGCAGACUCAAGCUGACAGCAUCAGGAUGCAGUUAGAAUGUGCUCGCCUGGCCAGCACGCCCGUGUUCACGUUGUUCAUUCAGCUAUUGCAGAUUGACACUGCAGGCUGCAUGGAGGUGGUCCAAGAAAGGAAAAGGCAGCCACCUGCGCUGCUCCAGCAUGGCACCCAGAUCCCACGGCCACAUCUCCUGCAGGCAUCCUCCAGCGCCAAGAACAGCACAGGCUCCCUCCACCCAAGCAUGCCUGGUCAGCAAACUGCAAACAGAGCCAGCCACAAAGGUCGUCCACGGCUGGGGUCCUGCAGGGCUGAAGCUACCUCCUCCCAAGUUCCUGUAGCCUCCCCACAUGGCCUCCGGCCAAAGCCCAAGACUGUAUCUGAGCUGCUUCGUGAGAAGCGGCUCCGGGAGUCCCGUGCCAAGAAGGCCACUCAGGCUCUCGCUGCCCUCAACAGCCAGCUACUGAUCUCCUCACCUGUGAUCCUCCAGCCCCCUCUGCUGUCAGCCCCACAGGGUUCCCCAGCAGCAGGCCCUGCAACACCCAGUGCAGAGCUCUCUGUACCUAUGGCCCCAGUGAUGGUCAGUUCAAGUCCUUCUGGCUCCUGGCAGGUGCCUGGGAUCACAGAUAAGCAGCACCCCAGCCUGCAAACUAUUCCCAUAAAUCCUUCCCACAAAGGGACCCAGAUUACAGCCCCCGCUGUUUUUAGGGGCCUGGCCCUAGCCCCUGGGCAGGUCCCCACAGGCUGCCCUCCGAGUUCUCUCGUACAGUCUCAGGCCUCUGCCACAUCCCAGAAACAAGGCCUGCCCAGCGUCCUGCCCAUUCUCCCAGCAGCCUCCAGCCUCACUCAGCUGUCUGUGCAGCCCCUUAGUCUGCCACCAGUUCUUAGCCCACAGGCAAGUGGGCAGCCCCUGACAACCAAGGCCAGCCUGCCUGUCAACUGGGUUCUCACAACUCAGAAGAUGCUCUCUGUUCCAGUGCCAACUGUGGUGGGUCUCCCCCAGUCAGUGGUGACCCCAGAGACCAUAGGACUGCCAGCAAAACAGCUACCUUCCCCUGCCAAGACUCCAGCUUCCCUGGGACAGCCUCCAGCCAGUGCCGACACAGACCCCAGAGGGCCUCGUGGCCAGGAAAUACCACCUACACCUGGGUCUGAAAAGAAGGCCUUGGACCUAAGUCUGCUUUCCCAGGAAAGCGAAGCGGCCACCGUGACGUGGCUGAAGGGGUGCCAAGGUGCUUGUGUGCCCCCACUGCGGACCAGGAUGCCCUAUCAUCCCCCUUACCUGUGCAACUUGCGAGCGUUGUCCAACCUCCUCCUCCAUAAGAAGGACUUGGAGCAGAAGGCUUCCUCUCUGGUGGCCAGACAAACAGCCAGGGCCCAUCCUGAGGCCGAGGCUGAAACCCUACAAGCUUCCCUAGGGCUGGUACAGAGGCAGUUCCAAGACAACCCGGCCUACCUCCUGCUAAAGACGCGUUUCCUGGCUAUCUUCUCCUUUCCUGCACUCCUGGCCACUCUGCCCCCCGAUGGUGUCCCCACCACCCUGUCACCAGCUGUGGCUAUGGGUUCUGAGAGUGACAACGAAGACCUUGUUGGUGACCCGAAGCUCAAGGACAGGACUAGGGAGCUGGACUGCAUGGCCUGCAGAAUGCAAGCAAGCCCAGCACCCACAGGCCCUGUACAGAGAGCUCCAGGUACUGGUGAGGAUUCUGCCCCCUCCAGCCUGGAUACUUCUGAUGACCUUGAUGUGCUCAGGACCCGACAUAGUCGGCAUUCGCGGAAACGGAGGCUGCUGUGAGCAGCAGGUCAGGGACCAUCUCCACUCCCGGAUACCCGGGCAGCAUCCAGCUGGCAGGUGGCUCCCACAAGACCGAGGUAAGUUCAGCUGUAGUACCCUUCCUGGAAGGUGGGUGGAAGCCUGUGACAACUCUGCU